AUGUCGCUGUGCACUACUCCCUCGUUCGACCAUGCCGAUCUUACCCCCAACGGCAUUGCGAAGCUCAUGCGUAACCUCCUCUCCGACCCUCCGCGCGACUCUCCUGUGCUCGAUUUUCAGCAGCGGCAAGCACUGAUUGUGGCCUCUCAGUCAAAAUACGGCAGGGAGGUUGUUGCGCCCAUCCUUUACAACAUACUUCCUCAACUGAGCCUGCCACCCGGGGCCACCUUGGUGCAAACGCUGAUGCAGCUAGGACCAGAUGUGACCAACGAUCCUGACGUCGUUCGGGCGAUCUUCGCUCGUUUCGGCAUCACGGACGCCGCUCCUCCCAGCGACAACCAGGUCGUCGAGUUGAUUCAGACGUUGGGUCGCUUGGCUGCAGAAGGGUCCACGAUGUGCGAUGUCGGGGCCGUCGUCAGAGCGCUCAGUAGCUAUCCUGUGCAGCUCGACUGGCCUGCGGUCAUACGGUCGUUCGACUGGCCGGACCGGCUGGGUGUUGACACAGCAACCCUCAAGUUGCUGAUAGCUGUUCUGCUCAACUCACCGAGGGACGCUCAUCCGCAUGCUGUGACGGGUUUCUGGACCGUGUGGAACAACUCGCUGUAUCAACUCCGCCUCCUCGAUGCCCUCCUCUCCCUCCCUGCGGAUACCUUCAACUUCGUCUCCUUGCCUGGCCACCGCAUCGUGACCGUCGACGAUGUGUCAAUCGCCAGUCCGACGAUCAAGUCGCUCGCAGCUAAUGUCCAGGGACAUACGUGGAACUCGCUCGACCUUUUCCAAGUGCUGGUCAGGUUGGCGGAUUCUGACUCGCCGGACAUCAAAGGCUGCAUCCGCGACAUGUUAGACAAGGCAAUCAAGAUCAGUGCGGAGCUGGUUCAUAUGGGGUUGUUGCAGGUUCCGAACGCGAACUGGAAUGAGAUCCGUCUGGAGUACUCGAGGAAGCUGCUCGCGAUGUUCCUUGGCGGCCACCCCAACCAUCAGCUAGUCUUCAUGCGCAUAUGGCAGAUUCAGCCGUCCUACCUCACCGACGCCUUCCGCGACUUCUACGAGGAAAACCCUCAGAACAUCACUCGCAUUUUGGACGUCGCGCAGGACCUCAAGAUACUUGAGGCGCUGCUUGAAGUGCGGCCUUUCACCUUCGCGCUAGAUGUGGCUGCGCUGGCUUCACGUCGCGAGUACCUCAACCUGGACAAGUGGCUCGGGGAUAAGGUUGCAGCUCAUGGCACGGAGUUCCUUCGGUCUAUCGCCGAUUUCCUCAAGGAAAAGAUGGAGAGCGAGAAAUUAACCAGGAUAACCGACCCUCCGGUCGAGAGCCGGACAAUGCCGAUCAAUCCCAGCACAGUCGCUAUUAUCUUGCGUGUCAUCCGUGGCAGCUCGCACCUCAUGGAGCAAGCGGACGUGGACUACGCGCUGGAUGUGCAGAACAUGUGCUUCCAGGUGUACCCGCGCCUGAUGAACCUUGCCCCCGGAGCGGACGUGGAAUCGGGUCUUGCCGUCAUCCAGUACCCGCAAGACAUUGAGAACGAGGUCGACCUCAUCUACAAGCGGAUGUACGACGAGAAUAUCUCCAUCGACGAGGUCAUCACUAUGCUGCAGCAGUUGCGGACAUCAAGCAACCCGCGCGACCAGGAGGUCUUCUCUUGCAUGAUCCACUUCCUCUUCGACGAGUAUCGCUUCUUCCAGUCCUUCUACCCAGACCGCGAGCUGGCUAUGACGGGCUACCUCUUCGGCUCUAUCAUUCAGCACGACCUCCUCGACUACAUGCCACUAGGGAUCGCAGUUCGCUAUGUCAUCGACGCGCUGAACUGCCCGCCGGACAAGAACCUUUUCAGGUUCGGUGUGCAGGCGCUGUCUCGCUUCGAGUCGAGGCUACCAGAAUGGCAGCCGCUGUGCGCCGAGUUGCUCAAGAACCAACACUUGCUCGAGGCUCGGCCUGACUUGGCGAUUACUCUGCAGCGUGCACUGGCCAUGGGGCCAGACGCUGAUCUGACAGAGCUGCGCACGCCUGGCAUGGGCGGUUACGCUGAACCAGCGCCCGUCUUCCUGGCCAUUCAGCCCGAUGCGGUCGACGAGGAGAUUGAGACGCCUUCCGAGGAGCUAUCCGACAAGAUCCUGUUCAUCGUCAAUAACCUGGCGCCGAGCAACUUCGACACAAAACUGGUCGACAUGAAGCAGUCGUUCUCCGACGAGUACGCGCGGUGGUUCGCCAACUACUUGGUCGACCAGCGCAUCAGCACGGAGCCGAACAAUCACUCGCUGUACCUGCGCUUCCUUGACGCGCUCAACCGCUCGUCGCUGAACAAGUAUAUCCUUCACGAGACCUUCGUCAAGGCGGCGGCGCUGCUGAACUCGGAGAAGACAGUGCAGUCGAGUACGGAGAGGAGCAUCUUGAAGAACGUCGGGUCGUGGCUUGGGACAAUCACGCUCGCGCGCGAUCGACCGAUCAAGCACAAGAACCUCUCGUUCAAGGACUUGCUGAUGGAGGGCUACGACAGUGGCAGGCUCAUUGUGGCGAUACCCUUCGUCUGCAAGACGCUCGAGCCGGCAGCGCAGUCGAAGGUUUUCCGGCCUCCGAACCCGUGGCUCAUGGCCGUCAUCAGCCUCCUUGCCGAGCUGUACCACUUUGCAGAGCUCAAGCUAAACCUCAAAUUUGAGAUCGAGGUGCUGUGCAAGAGUCUUGACAUCGACCUCGACACCGUCGAGGCGGCAGUUAUCAUGCGCAACCGCCCGAUGAGCGACGUUGGCCCUGCUAUGCCGGAGUAUCCUGGCGACAUCGACGCGCUGCCCAUAGGCGGUUACGACGCUGCUAUGCUCGGCGAGCCGCCUGUCAUGCCCUUGACAGAGAUGCGCCAGGUCGGCACGCAGAUUGAGCAGAUCUUGACGACGCUGGCGCAGCAUGUGCAGAUCAGCAGCACGCUGAGCUUCAUGCUUGGCAACCCUGCGUUCAAGCGUGCGGUGCAGCUUGCGGUCGACAGAGCAGUUCGCGAGAUCAUCUUGCCGGUCGUUGACCGCUCCGUCACGAUUGCUGGUAUCUCCACGCGCGAGCUUGUCGCCAAGGACUUUGCCACGGAGGCCAAUGAGGAGAAGAUGAGGAAGGCGGCGCACAGCAUGGCAGCCAAACUUGCCGGCAGCCUCGCGAUGGUCACUUGCAAGGAGCCGUUGCGGACGAACCUGGCCCAGCAUCUGCGCCAGUAUUUGGCUGAGCAUGGCUUCUCUGACAUUGCCGCGGUCGACAACCAUAUCAUGGACCUUGCUCUUGACAACUUGGACAACGCUUGUAGCGCCAUCGAGAGGGCAGCCAUGGAGCGUGCCAUCUCCGACGUCGACGAGGGCUUUGCUCCUGCGUACGAGAUGCGGAUCCAUCAUCGCGAGACUCGCAGCGGACCCUUCUGGGACUCCUCCAAUCCUGUUCAUAGCCUUACCACCAAUCUGCCUGACAUCCUUCGUUUGCACAAGAACGGUGUUCUCCCUGUGCAGCUCAACGUCUACGAGGACUUCACUGCCGACCACAAGCGGAGAACCAGCCGCCCGAGUUCGACCAUGCCUUUCAACGCUACUGGCGCAUACCCCGGACCUGCGACGCCCGCGCCGCUCAGUCUGACGGCACAAGCGCCGAGCAACGAGGCCGUCAUGGAGCGCUUCGGUGUCCUCAUCCGCGAUCUGGACAAUGUCCUGGUUCAGCUCCCCAUUCAGAGCUUGGCGCUCCUUCCGCCCAAUCACGACGUUCGCCAUCUCGUUCGCCAGAUCAUGCUGAACGCGCAAGAGUCGGACCGCAGGCAGGCACCGCUGCAGAUGUCGCAGAAGAUUGUUCAGCUGCUGUACAAGGCCCCCACUCAGCUUGGGCGGGAGGUUUAUGUCGCGCUGCUUGAUCAACUCUGCAGGCACUUUGAGGAGACCGGCAAGGAGGCCAUCAACUGGUUGAUCUAUGCUGAGGACGAGCGCAAGUACAACAUCCCUGUCACUGUCACCUUGUUGCGCAGCAGGUUGUUCGACCUCGCCGUCUACGAGCAGCAGCUGGCGAAGUUCUUGUUCACUGAUCCUCGGCCGAGUCUGAUCAACUUCGUCAUCGGCCUCAUUCGCGAGUGCUUGACGGCUGACCCGCCGAUCGCGACGCAGAGCCAGUUCCCAUACUGCAUUGAGGUUCUCAGCCAGAUCGCACAGUCGGACAAGGCCACUGAUGAGGUGGUGCACUUCAUGGAUGAUCUGCGUGGCGUGCGGCGUCCGUCGCUGCCAGCUACGCCCGACAUCAUCGCCAGGCAGCCGUCGACAAAGCCCGAGAGCGACCAGCUUCGCGAAGCAGGCUUCUGGUUCCAGAGCUGGGUGCAGAUCUACCACCGCUCGCCAAACCCGGAGAAGAGCUUCGUCGGCUUCAUCACGCAGGUCCUCAAGAGCGGCGUGCUCAACAUCGACGAGGCGUCCCAACUGUUCUUCCGCGUCUGCGCAGAGACGAGCGUCAACCACUACGCGAAGGCCGUGGCGGUCGGGAACUACGCGUCCGCGUACUCCUACGUCGACGCGAUGUCGAAGUUGGUCGUGUUCAUCAUCAAGUAUCACGGCGACCCCACCGGCGUCAAUGCCGACCAGGCGAAGGUGCACUACUUCAAGAAAGUGCUGUCCAUCCUGAUCCUUGUCUUGGCGUACUUCCACGAGGAGCAGGAGCCAUUCCAGCAGAAGCCCUUCUUCCGCCUGUUCUCGAGCCUCUUGAACGACCUCAACUCCAUGGAGGCGUCGCUCGGGACGGUCUACUUCCCGCUCUUGGUCGUGUUCUGCGAGACCUUGAGUGGCUUGCAGCCGAUAUACUUCCCUGGCUUUGCCUUCUCUUGGAUGGGUCUAAUUUCGCACCGCCUUCUGAUGCCCAAGCUGCUGCUCUCAGAGAACCGCGAGGGGUGGGCGAUCAUGCAGAAGCUUCUCAUCGCUCUCUUCAAGUUCUUGGCUCCCUUCCUCAAGGACUCCGAGCUGAGCGUCCCAGCGCGUGACAUGUAUCGCGGCGCCCUUCGCAUCCUUCUCGUCCUCUUGCACGACUUCCCCGACUUCCUCAGCGAGUACUACUUCUCCCUCUGCGACGUCAUCCCCUACCGCUGCAUCCAGCUGCGUAACAUCGUUCUCAGCGGUUUCCCGCAGACCAUGGUCCUUCCUGACCCUCACCUCCGCGGCAUGAAGCCUGAGGUCAUCGUCGAGAUGAUGGGCCCCAUCCCUCCGAUCCUCUCGGACUUUGCGGCAGGACUGAAGGGCGGCGAUCUGAAGGCGUACCUCGACCAGUACCUCCUGGGUCGGGGCUCGACGUCCUUCUUGCCGUCCCUGAAGGAGCGGUUGCGGAUCAGCAGCCCGGUGGAGGGGCUUACGGAGACGUACAACCUGUCGCUGCUGAACGCCCUCGUCAUGUACAUCGGUGUUUCCUCUGUCGCACAGGCUAAGGCCAGGAACGGGACCGCCCUGUUCGCGCCCAGCGACCCUGGAGUCGUCGCUCUGCAGUACCUCGCCAACUCGCUUGACGCCGAAGGGCAAUUCCACCUCAUCACGUCCAUGACGCUUCAUCUACGCUACCCUAACGCCCACACUUACUGGUUCUGCUCUCUCCUCCUUCACCUCUUCACCGAGGUCGAAGACGAGAAGUUCCAGGAGAUCAUGACGCGCGUGCUGCUCGAGCGCUUCAUGGUGCAUCGUCCUCACCCAUGGGGCGCUGUGAUGACCUUCGUUGAGCUGCUCCGGAACCCGAAGUACAACUUCUGGAGCAAGGAGUUCAUCAACGUUGCACCGGAGGUCUCCAUGCUUCUGGAGAGUGUCGCCCGCAACAUUUAUCCUCAGUAG